AUGGAAACAGAAACGGUUACUACUACUAGCGAUGUACCUGUAUUCGAUGCGAUGACGACAGUGUUGACAGCGGUACUCGUCUCACUAAUCGCCUAUUUCUGCCAUGGCCCCCUCCACCAUCUCCUCUUCCAAGCCUCAACAAAGACAAAAUCACUCGGGGCAGAUACCGACGAUGAUCCUGAUGUCUCAAGCAAUAGAUGUAUUGUGAAGAGGUUGGAAGAGGAGGAAAAGAACUGUGUGGUCUUAUUUGGGUCUCAAAGCGGAAACGCACAGGAAUUCGCUGAGAAGCUUGGUCGUGAAGCCCAUACCCGGUUUUCCCUACGCUCGACAGUCGCCGAGAUCGACGAGUGCACUUACCAGAACUUACAUAAACUGCCUGACAGCACCAUUGUAUUCCUCAUCCUUGCUUCAUAUGGCGAUGGAGAGCCAACGGAUAAUGCGGAACAAUUCUACAACUUCUUAAAUAAUGAGGACGAUGAUGGACCGUUUCACAAACUUCGAGAACAUGGCCUUCACAAUUUGUCAUACGCCGCUUUUGGAUUGGGAAACAGUAGUUAUGCCCACUUCAACGCUGUGAUCCGCAAAGUCGAUGAGAGACUACAGCUCUGCGGCGCUAGAAGACAUGGCCCUCUUGGCGAAGCUGACGAUGGCAAGGGAACAAACGCUGAGGACUUCAUUGACUGGAAAGAUAAAAUGUGGCCUCGAGUCAUAGAAGCCUUUGGUCUGGUCGAGCAUGAGACUGAAGAGCGAGAGUCUGCUUUCGAGGUGAUUGAGACACCAAACCACCAUGGCCCAAUCUUCCAGGCGGAUUACACAGACAGGAACCUCGCACAGCAGACUCAAGCAGUUACAAACCACUGCUUUGCACCUAUCUCGAACUCAAGGCUGCUCUCAGGUGCUGGUGGCCGGUCCUACAUACAUGUAGAGCUGGAUGUCAAGGACACCAAGCUGGAAUAUCAGACUGGCGACCAUCUCUCUGUGUCUCCCAUCAAUUCCGAUGUCGAAGUCGAGCGCUUCUUGAGGGUGUUUGGGUUAUGGGACAAGCGACACGAGACCAUCCGGGUAAGAUCGCUCUCGGAUGACCUGGGUCCGCCGUUCCCGUCUCCGUGCAGCUACGAAUCCGUAGCUCGGUUUUAUAUCGAUAUCUGCGGGCCCGUGUCCCGCGAAGUCAUAUCCACCUUUGCGAAUUCCGUUUCGAAUGCUAAGCAGAAGACCACGCUUCGCCAACUCGGCAAGGAUAAAGAGGCAUUUUUGACCCUCACAGGGGGUAACUUUUACAACAUUGCUGCCAUAAUGGAGGCUUUGUUUCCAGGGGAGGCCGUAAAUGUUCAUUUUGCAAUCAUCAUCGAGGCGAUGCCGAAGUUGCAGCCAAGGUACUACUCCAUAUCUUCGUCUUCUGCCCUCGAUGCGAACAAAGUCUCCAUCACUGUGGCUAUCGAGUCGUUUCCAAUUCACAACACAAAUCGACACUUCUCAGGCGUUGCGACAAACUUCAUCUUGGACGUUGCUUCCACCGAAAAUGAAGCUAUUUCCAGGAGCCGAGUGCAGCCGAUAACCUACACGCUGCCCACAAAACGACCUCACCUACAGCCCUCUCUCUCAGUCUUUGUCCGGACUUCGACAUUCCGACUACCGUCUGAUCCGACAAUACCUAUUCUUAUGGUUGGUCCUGGCACCGGAGUUGCCCCCUUCCGCGGAUUUGUCAGAGAACGAGUAGCGAUGAAUCAACAAGGCAAAGACUUUGCGCCGAUGACGCUAUUCUAUGGCUGCCGCAAGAGGACUGAAGAUGUCUUGUACCAGGAAGAGUGGAAGGGAUAUACCGCUGAGCUGGGCUCCAAGUUCAGGAUGUACAUAGCGUUUUCGCGAGAGCAGCAGAAUAAGAUUUAUGUUCAAGAUCUUAUUCUUGAGCAAUCCAGAGACGUAGCGUCUCUGAUACAGAACGGUGGGCACGUGUAUGUUUGCGGUGACGUGGGCAUGGGUCGAGGAGUGACGGAGACGCUUUGCAAGGUCCUUGCUUCUGAGACCAGCGUGUCUUUGGCUGAUGCACAGCGGGUAUUGUCCGACAUGCGACAUUCACAUCGAUAUCAAGAAGACGUCUGGUAG